GCCGGGCCGGGCGGGGCCGCGCAGGUGGAGCGGCCCCAUGGAGCGGCCGAAGAUGGCGGAGCUGGAGAGCCUGGAGACGGCGGCGGAGCACGAGCGGAUCCUGCGCGAGAUCGAGAGCACCGACACGGCCUGCAUCGGCCCCACGCUCAGGUCUGUGUACGAUGGGGAGGAGCACGGGCGCUUCAUGGAGAAGCUGGAGGCGCGGAUCCGCAACCACGACCGCGAGAUCGAGAAGAUGUGCAACUUCCACUACCAGGGCUUCGUGGACUCCAUCACCGAGCUGCUCAAGGUCCGGGGAGAGGCCCAGAAACUCAAGAACCAAGUGACAGACACCAACCGGAAGCUGCAGAACGAAGGGAAAGAACUGAUCCUGGCCAUGCAGGAGCUGAGGCAGUGCCGGCUGCAGCAGAGGAACAUCUCAGCCACGGUGGAUAAACUCACCCUGUGUCUCCCUGUGCUGGAGAUGUACAGCAAGCUGCGGGAGCAGAUGAAAUCCAAGAGGCACUACCCGGCCCUGAAGACCCUGGAGCACCUGGAGCACACGUUCCUGCCCCAGGUGAGCCACUACCGCUUCUGCAAGGUGAUGGUGGACAACAUCCCGCGGCUGCGCGAGGAGAUCAAGGAGCUCUCCAUGUCCGACCUCAAGGACUUCCUGGAGAGCAUCCGCAAGCACUCGGACAAGAUCGGAGAGACCGCCAUGAAACAGGCACAGCAGCAGAGGAACCUGGACAACAUCGUGUCCCAGCAGCCCAGGAUUGGUGGGGGGAAGAAAUCCAAGAAGGAAUUCAGCGCCAGCUCCGAGCUGGAGGUGAAGAACACCAGCCCCAUGUCGGAGCAGGAUUCGGGGAUCCUGGAUGUGGAGGAUGAGGAUGAGGAGGAGGAGGUGCCUGGAGCCCAGGAUUUGGUGGAUUUCUCCCCGGUCUAUCGAUGCCUCCACAUCUACUCUGUCCUGGGAGCCCGGGAGACCUUUGAGAGCUACUACAGGAAGCAGAGGAGAAAACAAGCGCGGCUGGUGCUGCAGCCUCCCUCCAACAUGCACGAAACUUUAGAUGGCUACAGGAAGUAUUUCAAUCAAAUUGUAGGGUUUUUUGUGGUGGAGGAUCACAUCCUGCACACCACGCAGGGCCUGGUCAACCGGGCCUACAUUGAUGAGCUGUGGGAGAUGGCCCUGUCCAAAACCAUCGCGGCCCUCAGGACCCACUCCUCCUACUGCUCUGACCCCAGCCUGGUGUUGGACCUGAAGAACCUCAUUGUGCUCUUUGCUGACACGCUCCAGGGCUAUGGCUUCCCCGUGAACCAGCUCUUUGACAUGCUGCUGGAGAUCCAGGACCAGUACAGCGAGACCCUGCUGAAGAAAUGGGCUGGGGUCUUCAGAAAUAUCCUUGACUCAGAUAACUACAGCCCCAUCCCGGUGUCAAAUGAAGAAGUUUAUAGGAAAAUCGUUGGGCAGUUCCCAUUCCAGGAUGCUGAACUUGAAAAGCAACCCUUCCCAAAGAAGUUCCCCUUCUCGGAGUUCGUGCCCAAGGUUUACGGCCAGAUCAAGGAGUUCAUCUACGCCUGCCUCAAGUUCUCUGAGGACCUGCACCUCAGCUCCACAGAAGUCGAUGACAUGAUCAGAAAAUCCACAAAUCUGCUGCUGACCCGGACCCUGAGCAACUGUUUACAGAAUGUCAUCAAGAGGAAAAACGUUGGACUGACAGAGCUGGUGCAGAUCAUCAUCAACACCACCCACCUGGAGAAAUCCUGCAAGUUCCUGGAGGAGUUCAUCACCAACAUCACCAACGUGCUGCCCGAGACCGUGCACACCACCAAGCUCUACGGGACCACCACCUUCAAGGAUGCUCGACACGCUGCUGAGGAGGAGAUCUACACCAACCUGAACCAGAAGAUCGACCAGUUCCUGCAGCUGGCCGACUACGACUGGAUGGCCCCGGAGCCGGGCAGCCGGGCCAGCGAGUACCUGGUGGAUCUGAUCGGCUUCCUGCGCAGCACCUUCGCCGUGUUCACCCACCUCCCGGGGCAGGUGGAUGUCCACUCCACCAUGUCGGGGAAGGUGGCCCAGACAGCCUGCAUGUCGGCCUGCAAGCACCUCUCGACGUCGCUGCUGCAGCUGCUGCUGGAGGCCGAGGUGAGGCAGCUGACGCUGGGGGCCCUGCACCAGUUCAACCUGGACGUGGAGGAGUGCGAACAGUUUGCCAGAUCCGGCCCAGUGCCUGGGUUCCAAGGGGACACGCUGCAGUUGGCCUUCAUCGACUUGAGACAACUCCUGGAUCUGUUCAUCCAGUGGGAUUGGUCGACAUAUCUGGCUGACUACGGACAGCCCACGUGCAAGUACCUUCGUGUGAACCCCACCACAGCCCUCAUCCUCCUGGAAAAGAUGCGGGACACCAGCAGGAAAAACAACGUUUUCGCCCAAUUCCGGAAAAACGAGCGGGACAAGCAGAAGUUGAUCGACACCGUGGCCAAGCAGCUGCGCGGCCUCAUCAACAGCCACCACUCCUGAGGGGCUCGGGAUCUCCUUCCCGCGGCCUGGACUUCGGGAAUCUCGCUGGGAGAGAAGAUUUGUAUUUUUUUAUUCGCCUGGAAAGUCUCCGCGGAGCCUCCCCCUCCGACGGCAAAACGCUCCCGGUGGAACAAUCCUGGGAAAAAGAGGUGGUGGCAGGAGUCUCCUGGAUAAACUCCUAUUUUCAGGAGUUUAGGAAGUGAUGGGAAUUCUUGGAGCCUGGGAGAAGUUCGCACCCGGACUGGGUUUUUUGUUUUUGUCAAAGCCAAAUUGAAGGGAUCAUCCUGCCUUCCUUUUGUUAAUUUAUUCCCUUGGAAAACUGAGAAAUCUGGGAACAGCCAUGGGUUCUCUGGGCAGAGGGAAGAGGGUCACCCUGAGUGUGUCCUGUGGUUUGGAUUUAGGUAGGAAAAAGGGAUUUCCUAGGGUUUUUUCCUCCUCUUUUCCCCCUCCACGGGCUGAUUUCCACGUUAACCUGCAAAUCCCUGGAAUCGUGACCCUUUCCCACAUAUCCAUAACCAUCCCUUAGCUCCACUUCAGGACCUGCCAGGGGCUGUGGGAUCAUGGAGAAGGGCUUGGAGCAGCCUCCUUGAUCAGAUUUGGGAAGGGAGAGCAGAAGGGUAAUCUGGGCAUGUGUCCUGUGGCAGCGCUGCAGGGCUGGGAUGCUGCUGGACACAUCCAUGGAUAGGGAACGGGAAGGGGUGGAUGCUCACAGGGAUGAAGGGAAGGCACAGUGGGAUCUCCCAGUGUCCAGGAGGGGUUUUUCCCUCUCUUUUCUGUGCUGGUGUCCCAUCCUCCCUCUGCUCCUGAUGGCUCCAUGGGGAAAACUUCCCUGGGAAGUUUUAGAGCUGGA